AUCAUUGAGGACGACGACGAUGACGAACUUUUGCAGAAUAGCAAUCUGGAAGAAGCUUUUGUAGAAAGCUUUCAAGAUGUUCAAACAACUUUACGCCGGAGUACACGUUCUCGUCGUGGUGUUAUUCAACAAGAUUAUGUUCCGACUAUAGAGGCUGUGCCACUUCACGGUGAUAUUCCGUUGCGAGACGCGUCAUCUUCCACACAUUUUUUGCAGAAGCGACCGUACGAAUUUUCUUUAUCGUCUCUUCUUCAAGAAAAAAGGCAUAGAGAGAAGGCCGGUUAUGACAUCCAGGCGUUGGAACAGGCCAUUCAGGAGAAUGUGCUGGAUGAAGAAAUGGAUGAUCCAUUUGAACAUUAUAAUCGCUCAGAAAUUUCUGCUUCCAUAUUUGAUGAGGAAACAAAACAUGACAGUUUACAGCAAAUUUUCGAGGAAGAUGAUAUGAUGGACUCUGAACAUUCCUUAGAGUUUUUUGAAAUCAAUACCGAUCUGGAUCUACCUAAACCAAUUUUACGAAAACCCAAUUCGAAGUUGAAAGACGAUGCAUUUGCAUUAAUAUACUUGGCCGCCUCUGAUGAUGAAAGGUUGAAGGACAUUUUAAGUAGUUAUUGGAUUCCCCAACAGUAUGAAAUGGGAUUAGAUCUACCUGAUGCAAUUAUCAUAUGGCUCCUUCAGUUAGUGAGCUUUGGACAAGAUAUGGAGAUAGUUGAAGAAGCUUCUUGUAAUUUGAAACGACUAACCGAAAUCAGCGGACGUUUUAGGAAUGAGCUCAACAUUACACCAGGUGUUUGUGUCCAUUUUUCCUUGAUUUACAACAUAUUCGUGUCAUACGGCGCGUCAACGCAGAUUCUAGAUUUUCAUUGUCCGGCGGAACAAUUGAAGAUAUCUUCGCCAUCAGAACUUCAAUCUCAAUUUCUUCAUAUUCGAAAUUUGAGAUCAUUGCUGAAAAUAAUUACACCACUACUUGAAAACAGCUGGUUAUCAUUUUCUCAUCUUGAAGAAAUAAGACGGGCAAUUGUUAUUAUUCUUCGCUUAUCUCUAGACGGUCGCAUGACGUCUAUUCUCGGUGAAGUGGAGACGAUAGUUGACGCCCUUUUGCAAAGACUUGAAGACGCUGAUUGGAAUUCCCAAGCUAAAUUCGUUUGUAAAGAUAUAAUCUCAGCAUGUGGGAACGAUACCCAAUUUAAGGUUGCUAUGCUGAGUAAUCUUCCUGUUUCAACCCGGGGUAGAUUGAUUCGACGACUUUUAUCCUUUUAUUUCCUGUUCUCAGUCAGUUCUAUAAAAUUUGAUCUUGACGAGCUCGACGUUUCGAAACCUCCAAAAAUAGAACAUCUUUCAGAUUUGUUCAAGGAUGGAGUAAAGACCUUCAAGAUUCACAACGAGACAAAUUACAGGGAAUUAUAUAAUAACAUUUUAUUUCUAGGCUAUACAAUGGACGAUGCAACACAGAUAUUGUCUGAAAAGGAUAAGGUGGAGGAAAUUAUAAAAUAUCUAAGGCAUUUACAUGGAAAAAUAGUGGACAUGCGGGCGGCUUUCAUGGAUAGGACAAAGGCAAAAGAUCUGAUCCAACGACUAUUCAUGCGCCUCUUUUGCGUGACCAGCUAUCGCCGGGGUAAAACGCAACAGAGUAUAUUAAAGUGUACAUCGAAAGCGUCACAAAAAACACUCGAUAUGUUCGUUGAGCAUUAA